AUGCGCCUCUACCUGCUGCCCAUCUCGACGAGGCGCACGCUGCUCUACUGCCAGAAGCUCAACGCGCCAGCGAACGAGAAGCAGACAUGGUCGGACUGGAUCCAGUCCAAAGCUGCAAGGACUUGGUCCGGCUGGGAGAAGAAGGAACGCGGCUGGCAGAAAUCGGUCGUCAGCUACGGCAACCAGAUCCUCCGCCGCAUCCCCUACGAGGAAUGGGGCCUUAAGUCGGUGCCGCCGCUGUCGCAGCGCCGGAGGCAGGUGGAGCUGAAGGGCACCGAGAAGGUCGAGGUUGUCUACCCCAAGAGCCUGAUGCAGAUGGACCGCGUGCCCAAGAUACUGGAGACCCUGGCGACCGAGAGGGAGCCAUUGCACAAGAGAAGGCUUCUCUGGUGCCUUGUGGGCAUGCCCUUGACACUGCCGAUUGCCUUGAUCCCCCUCGUUCCCAAUCUCCCUUUCUUCUACCUGGCAUAUCGCGCCUGGUCGCACUGGAGAGCACUGUCCGGGGGGAAGCACGUCCAGUUUCUCCUGAGCAAUAACCUCCUCGCCCUCACGCCGUCGCCCGUCGUCGAUAAGGUGUAUGCCGAGCAAAAAGAGCCACUCCCCUCCGCACCGGAGCCGACAACGGACUCUAGCGGAGAGGCACUGAACUAUCUGGAUCCCGGUUCAGCGAACGGCUCCCAUCCCCCCGACGGCGAGACGAUGCUGCUCUCGCAAGCCAAAGGCAAGGAAAUGACCCAGGCGCUAGACCUGCCGCAGCUCGAGGUCGAGCUCGAGCGAGCCAUCUGGCAGGUCGAGACGGCCAUCAAGAAGCGCAACGCUGAGGUUGCCGCCAAGGAGUCGCAAGAACACACAAGCGACGACGAGAAGAAGUCGCAAUGA